GGCCAAUAUGGCCAUAUAGUAAAAAUGUUUUAAAUCUUAAAAAAAUUUCUUGUCUACUCCCACACAUGUGGGCAAAAAACUGAAUACAUGGUUAUGAUAUCUACAAUCUCCUUUACCUACGGUAAAUUGUGAAAUUCAUGGCCCCUGGGUCAGGGGUUCAGGACAUGAGGGGAGGGGGGCAAUAUGGCAAUAUUGUGUUAAUGCAUAUAAUGUUUAAAAAUCUUCUUCUCUAUUCUCACACAUCUGUAUAAAAAAAAACUGACUUAUAAUUAUGUUUACCAGGAAGUCCUCUACUAAAAUUUUAAUUUUCAUGUCCCCUGGGGUAUGGAAUUUGACUCUAAGGCAGGGCCAAAAUGGAUGUAUAGAUGUUAAUGCAUAUAAUGUUAAAAAAUUAUCUUCUUUAUUCCCACACACCUGAAAGGAAAACUGAAUUCAUGAUUUUGUAGACCAGAUCUUUUAGUUUUUCACCAAAAUUAUAGGUUUCACAGUUCUUUUUGAUAAUGUGGUCGUCAUCACAAAUUUAUAAUUUUUCUACUCCAGUAUGAAACCUAAUUAAUUAGAUGCAUAUAUGAGACUCCAUGACAAGUUUGUGUAUGGGAUAUAUGCUACACAGGUGACCGUUAAGGCCAGUUGGCCUCUUGUUAAUUUAAACAUCAAAUGUAAAUAUACAUGUACAUAAUUAUGUAUAUGUGCAUUCAUAAAAGUAAAUAGUGUUUGAAAUCAUUUAAUGCUGUUGUAGAUAAUGAAAUAAAUAGGCCCGAGCAAUUGUCAUAGAAUAAGAUUUUGGUAUUUCAAUUAGUGGCUUAUUAGUCUUGUUUAUUUAAGGACUAAAUAGAGUGCAAAUCCUGAAUCUGUCUAGAUGUACAAUUCCUAUUGCAAACAAAUAGCUUUCAGCUUCAAGGCUAUAAACCAGAAUUCUUCAAUUCACAGUGUUUCAUUUUUUUAUUCCUUUAUUUACAAAUUUCAGAAUGCAUUCUCAAUACAUGUAUAUGGAAUGUCAUCAUUUACUUUUUUGUCCUUAUUAUUUAUAUUAAUCUGCAACUUCUGGAUCGAUUUUUCCUGUCCCUAAAUACCAUGGUAUAUUUAACUCUUAUAUCACAGGUUGAACACCCAGGACAGCCUUUGGUUUCCUCCACUCCAAUACCUGGAGCCACUGGAUCAGGACCCCAAGGGGUGCUACCUGGGGCAACCGCCUCCCCAACAGCUCCCACAUCGGUUGCACAAGUCAGACCCGAAGAGGAAGAAGUACUGUGUGUGGAUGUAGUGGCUUUCCAGGAGUACACACGAUUACAGCAGAAGCUGAAGGACACGAUGACAGCUAUACAGGUGCUGUCAUCUACCUCACAGUUGAAAAAGCUGAAGUUUGACCUCCAGAAGGCGGUGAACAUACCCGUGAAUGCUAUCUCAGCAGUAAGUGGGGCCCACCUGAGAGACAAGCUACAGCGCCUCCUGGUGUUACUCUCCGGCCAACAAGUGGAGAUAACCAACAAAAGAGUCUCGGUCAAUCAGCACCCAGUGGCCUUGACCUUCUGUAAACACCUCAUUGCAAAGAUGGUAGUGAAAAAAGGAGAGGAGCAGGUCUCGUCGAUCUUUGAGUCAGUCUUUCCCCUGGCGGCGGUGACGGUAGGAAUACUGGCCGAACACCCAGACAUCAAAGACCUCCUGCUGGCACACUUCCAACUGAUGUGUCCGUACAUCGUCCCCUACCACAUCCCCAGGCAGGAGGGACAGUCCACUAAGGAUGUCCAUAUAGCGAGAGGGUACAAAUACGACAGCGAUGGUAAUGUGGAGAAACAGGACAAAUUCCUGAAAAGGAUGUCUGGAAUUAUGCGACUGUACGCCUCUCUUAUGGUCUCUUAUCUACCAAGGCGACAAAGUGAACAUCCCUUCGGAAUUGAAAAUGCCUGGUUAUGGCUGUCAAGAGUGAUGAACAUUCAGCCGCUUCCAGACAUAACGGCUACCAUGGUGUUUGACCUUUUAGAGGUCACCGGACAUGCCCUUUAUAAAGAGUACAGAAAACAAUUUUUGAAAAUGCUUCAUAUUCUGAUUCGUGAAUUCCUUCCCAAGCUAAAAUCCGUGGCAUCUUCAGGGGGAGGAGGCCCUGUGUCUCGACUAGAGGCCCUGAUCAUGGCUAGUAUACAGCGACAGGGACAAAUUCCACCACCAGAGGGCAUCCUGUCCCCAAACUUCUGUGGGCAUGUUAACGAAGCUAUCUUAAGACUAAGAUAUGUCUCAGACAUCAGUUAGGAC